CUCUAAAACUUGCGGUACCCCAGAAUGUUGUCUCGUCUUGCUCGUGUUCAGCCAAAAUGCCAACAGCUCGCCCACUUCAGCACAUCGAAGUCUGCUGCCGCCGCACCAACUGUCAAGCUGUGGAUCGAUGGACAAGCUGUUGAAUCGAAGACCACCGACUUCGUGGAGCUCACCAAUCCAGCCACCAACGAGGUCAUCGCUAUGGUGCCAAACGCCACCCAAGCUGAGAUGCAAGCCGCUGUUGACUCGGCCAAGAAUGCCUUCAACACCUGGAAGAACACAUCCCCACUGACCCGUCAACAAUGCAUGUUCAAACUUCAAGCCUUGAUCAAGAGAGACAUGAAGAAGCUCGCUGAGAGCAUCACCAUUGAGCAAGGAAAGACCCUUCCAGAUGCCGAGGGAGACGUCAGCAGAGGUCUUCAGGUCGUCGAGCACGCUUGCUCCGUUCCAUCCCUGAUGAUGGGAGAGACCCUUCCAAAUGUCUCUCGCGACAUGGACACCCACUCCUACAGAAUCCCACUUGGAGUCACCGCCGGAAUCUGUCCAUUCAACUUCCCGGCUAUGAUCCCAUUGUGGAUGUUCCCAGUCGCCUUGGCCACCGGAAACACUAUGGUCAUCAAGCCAUCCGAGCAGGAUCCAGGAGCAGCUCAGCUUCUUGUCGAACUUGCCAAGGAGGCCGGAGUUCCAGAUGGAUGUGUCAAUAUUAUUCACGGACAGCACUCUGCUGUUAACUUUAUCUGCGAUAACCCAGAUAUCAAGGCUAUCUCAUUUGUUGGAGGAGAUGCUGCUGGAAAACACAUCUACGAGCGUGGAGCCAAGAACGGAAAGCGCGUCCAAUCCAACAUGGGAGCCAAGAACCACGGAGUCAUCAUGGCUGAUGCCAACAAAGAACAGACCCUCAAUCAGCUCACCGCUGCCGCCUUCGGAGCCGCCGGACAACGCUGCAUGGCUCUCACCACCGCUGUGCUCGUCGGAGAAGCUCGCGCCUGGCUCCCAGAACUCGUCGAGAAGGCCAAGAACUUGAAGGUCAACGCUGGAUGGAAGCCGGAUACCGACAUCGGACCACUGAUCUCCAAGCAAUCCAAGGCCCGUGUCCUCCGUCUUAUCGAGAGUGCCAAGAAGGAGGGAGCUCAGGUUCCACUUGAUGGAUCCAAUAUCACUGUUCCAGGAUUUGAGAAUGGAAACUUCGUGGGACCAACGAUUCUCGCUGGAGUCAAGCCAAAUAUGACUUGCUACAGAGAAGAAAUCUUCGGCCCAGUCCUUGUCGUCAUGGAGGCCGAGAACUUGAACGAGGCCAUCGAAAUCAUCAACAACAACCCAUACGGAAACGGAACGGCCAUCUUCACCAGCAACGGAGCCACCGCCAGAAAGUUCACCAACGAAGUCGAUGUCGGACAAAUCGGAAUCAACGUGCCAAUCCCAGUUCCACUCCCAAUGUUCUCGUUCACCGGCUCGCGUGGUUCAUUCCUCGGAGAUCUCAACUUCUACGGAAAGGCCGGAAUCCAGUUCUACACUCAAUGGAAGACUGUCACUCAAUACUGGAACGAGUCGCUCACCGAGCUGAAGCCACAAAUGUCGUUCCCACAGCUCAAGUAAAUUGAAAUUCUGUGAAUUCUGAAUUCUCUCAUCCAUCCCCACACACAAUCACUUCUUGGUUCUUUUAUUCUUGUUCAAUAACGUUUAUUGCCAUGGUUUUUUGCAACCUCUCAUUUCUUGUUUGUUCAUAUAUAAUACACAUUUUAUCAUAAAAGUGACGAUUAG